AUGAUGCUGCCUUCACUUUCCGAACUGAUUCACUGGACAGGAUUGACUGUGUUCGAGUUAUGGUUGCAUGCCGCUUCACUUCUUGCUUGCUUGGUGAUGCUUGCUCUAAAAAUACAUCAGAUCUGUGCGAUGUCGUAUUGGCUGGUAUUCUCUCCUCUUUUUAUUGCCAGUGCUUUCAACUCUUAUUUCGUAUUUAUCAUAUUCGUCCGAUCCGUGUUUGAGUACAAGGACUUCAAAGGACCAGUGCUUAAAUUCGGAUUCAAUGUCAUGCGACUCGCUCUGAUCGCCUUGUUUGAAGUAUUGUUGUGCUACAAAGUUGAGGGUGACUUCGAACACGGUCAGGUAGCAGUACGCUCAUCUUAUGGUAUUGUAUUCACACCCAUCUGGAUACUUUCUCUUGCGUUGUGUAUACAAACAUGUAGGUUGUUUUGA